AUGGAGGAGCAGCCGAAGGAGGGCGAGGCCGAGGUCGCCGAGCCCUGGUUCUCCAAGUGGGAACGCCAGUGCCUGGCCGAGGCCGAGCAGCAGGAGCAGCUGCUCCCCGAGCUACAGGAGGAGGCGGCCGCUGACGCGGCGGGGCUCAAGAGCGAGCAGCAGAGGCUGUGGCACCUCUUCCAGAUCUCGGCCACCGCCGUGGCCCAGCUGUACAAGGAUUCCGGGUGCCAGCAGGCGGGACUGUCUCUGUGGGACCCCUUCCAGAAUGCGGCCAUGGCCGUGACCAGCCUCUACAAAGAGAGCGGGCAUGCCCACCAACGAAGUUUUGACCUGGGUGUCCAGGUUGGCUGUCAGCGUCGCAUCAAAGAUGUGCUGGAGUGGGUGAAAAAGGGCCGGAGCACCAUCCGCCGGGAGGACCUGAUUAGCUUCCUCUGUGGCAAAGUGCCCCCUGCUGCUCCCCCGCCGCGCACCCCUAGGAUGGCCCCGAAGCCGCCCGCCGGGGCCGCCAGUCAGGCUGCAGCCACCGAGUCCAGCUCAUCGGUGGACGUCGACCUGCAGCCUUUCCACGAGGCCAUCGCCCUGCACGGCCUCAAUGGCGCCAUGGCCAGCAUCAGCGUGCGAUCUGGCGCGCCCAGCUCUCCUUCGCCAGACAGCGGUGUUGCCAACAGUGGACGUCGAAAAAGUAGCUUCCUCGAGGACGACGUGAACCCGUUCAGCGCCGAGGAACUGGCCCUCCGCCUGGACAGUGGAGGGAACCGCAAGCGCACCUCGGCCCAGUUUGGCGAUGGCACCACACACUCCCCAUCGCACAAGCGCAACCGCGUGGUCUAA